UCAAAGAGCCCAGCCGAAAGCCAUUUUGUUUUUCAGGGCUCUUUGCAAGGGUACCUGACGUGCAGUAGCAAGAAACCGGCAGCUGCACUUGCCGCAGUUCUGUCUUCAGCUUCAGAAUGUUUCCCUUGGCCAAAAACGCACUAAGUCGUCUCCCAGUUCGAGGAAUUCAGCAAACAGUGGCAAGGCAGAGCCACCACAAACGGACACCUGAUUUCCAUGACAAAUAUGGUAAUGCGGUAUUAGCUAGUGGAGCCACUUUUUGUAUUGCUGUAUGGGCAUAUACAGCAACACAAAUUGGAAUAGAAUGGAACCUGUCCCCUGUUGGGAGAGUCACCCCAAAGGAAUGGAGAGACCAGUAAUCAUCCCAGCUGGUUGUUAUAAUGUAUUAUUUCAAAACCAACUCAUAAUUGAUGCCAAGUGAGAACACUGUGUACCCAUUAAAAUAUGACAUGAUUGAAGAAUAAAGUACAUUUGAAAGCUUCA